AACAUGGCGGAUGUCCAGUAGUUUGACAAUGUUGUUGUUGUUACUGACGUGAACAAAUAUCAAUUCUACUCAUUCGAAAAUCGAUAACUAGGAUUAUUGAGAAUGUUGAAAUAGUCCAGGACAAUCCAGGAUGUUUAUCAAGCAGGUAAUUAUUCAGGGAUUCAAGUCCUACAGAGAGCAAACAGUUGUGGAGCCAUUCGAUCCAAGACACAACGUGGUGGUAGGUCGAAAUGGAUCCGGCAAGAGUAAUUUCUUCUACGCAAUUCAAUUCGUCCUCUCCGACGAGUUCUCCCACCUCCGUCCAGACCAGCGUCAGGGUCUCCUGCACGAGGGUACAGGACCCCGGGUGAUAUCAGCACACGUGGAGAUAAUCUUCGACAACUCCGACGGUCGUCUGCCGAUCGACAAGGAUGAGGUGUACCUACGUCGUGUAAUCGGUUCAAAAAAGGACCAGUACUUCCUGAACAAGAAAAACGUUACGAGAUCGGACGUGAUGAAUCUCCUGGAGUCAGCAGGUUUCUCCCGUUCGAACCCCUACUACAUCGUGAAGCAGGGAAAAAUCAAUCAGAUGGCAACAGCCCCUGACUCCCAACGUCUGAAGCUUCUCCGAGAGGUGGCAGGUACUCGUGUCUACGACGAUCGUCGUGAGGAGUCCAAAUCGAUCCUCAAAGAGACCGAAGGAAAACUCGAGAAGAUCGACGACUUCCUGAGGACGAUUGAGGAGCGUCUCCAGACGCUGAAGGAGGAGAAGGAGGAGCUUAAGGAGUAUCAACGGUGGGACAAGCAGAGACGUUGUCUCGAGUACACGAUUCACGAGCGUGAGCUGAAGGAUAAUAAACGAAAGCUGGAGGAUCUCGAGGCAUCGAGAGCCAACAGCGGUGCAGAGCAGGCACGUCUCGGUGCCGAGGCUAAAACAGCUCAGGAAAAUGUUAGAUCUGCCUCGAAACGCCUGAAGGAAGCCAAGAAAGAAGUGCAGAGUGCUAAGGAGGAGAGGGACACCCUGAGUGCCGAGCAGCAGCAGUUGCUCAAGGAGAAGACUAAACUCACACUGACAAUCAACGAUCUUCUUGAAGAAGUCAAGGGUGACAAUGACAGCAGAAAGAGAGCGCAACAGGAGUUGGAGAAGCUCAAAGAGAAUAUUGCCCUGAGGGAGAAGGAGCUGGAGAAAAUACGCCCUGAGUACGAGGAGAUGAAGAGGAGGGAGGAGGAGUAUACCAGGGCGAUGGCACUCAAGGAGCAGAAGAGGAAGGAGUUGUAUGCUAAACAGGGUAGAGGAUCACAAUUCACCAGUAAAGAUGACAGAGACAAGUGGAUUCAGAAUGAGCUCAAACAGCUGACCAAGCAGAUAAAGGAUAAAGAGGAUCAUCAGAAAAAAAUCAGUGAGGAUUUAAAAAAAGAUGGUGAGAAGCAGAAGGAUCUUGAGAAGAAGAUCGAGGAGUACACGAAGGAAAUGGAGAAGCAGAGGGCGUCUAUUGACGAGCAUAACAAACAUUAUUACGAAUUGACGAAACAGAAAGACGCCUGUCAGGCCCAGAGGAAGGAGCAGUACAGAAAAGAGAGUGUUUUACAGUUAAAUUUAUCAGGACUGAAGGAAGAUCUGGCUAAAGCUGAUCAGAGUCUCAGGUCGAUGGCUGGUAAACCCAUUCUCAAUGGGCGGGAUUCUGUCAGAAGAGUUCUGGAGACAUUCAAAGAACGACCUGACAUGGCCCACGAGGUGAACUCUUAUUAUGGGCCUGUUAUCGAGAAUUUUGAUUGCGAUAAAAGUGUUUAUAUGGCUGUGGAGGUGACUGCUGGUAACAGAUUGUUCCAUCACAUCGUUGAGACUGAUAAAUUCGGUACGAAGAUCCUCAAGGAGAUGAACAAUCAGAGACUGCCUGGAGAAGUGACUUUUAUGCCACUCAAUCGUCUUCAUGUCAAGAUCAUUGAUUAUCCUGACACGAGUGACGCCAUCCCCAUGAUCUCGAAACUCAAUUAUGAUUCUAAAUAUGACAGGGCGAUGAGGUACAUCUUUGGGAAGACACUUAUAUGCAGAAACUUGGAGGCUGCCACAAAUCUUGCGAGGACAUCUGGUCUGGAUUGUGUGACACUCGAGGGUGAUCAGGUGUCGUCAAAGGGUUCACUCACUGGUGGUUAUUUCAAUACUCUGAGAUCGAGGCUGGAGAUCCAGAAGACGAGAUCAGAGCUGAUGGCACAGAUUGCCACGAUGGAGAACGAGUUGUCGACACUCAGGGAGGAAAUCAAGAAAGCUGAUCAGAAUAUAUCGUCGUACGUCAGUGAAAUGCAGAGGACAGAGACGAAGAACAGUAAAGCGAAGGAUAUAUAUGAUAAGAUGAAGGCGGAGAUCAGGUUGAUGAAGGAGGAGUUGUCGGCUAUUGAGAGGUAUAGGACUCCAAAGGAGAGGAGUUUGGCGCAGUGCACGUCGAAUCUCGAGGCAAUGAGGGCGACCAAAGAGGGUCUCGAGAGUGAACUCCAUCAGGAUUUAAUGGCUCAGCUGUCGGUGGCUGAUCAGCGACAGGUUGAUACCCUCAAUGAUGAAAUCAGAACCCUGACGAAGGAGAAUAAAGAGGCGUUUGCUAAACGUAUGAGGCUCGAAGCUGAAAAGAAUAAGUUAGAGAAUCUUCUCACUAAUAAUCUUCAUCGUAGGAAGGAUGAGCUCGUUCAGGCACUCCAGGAGAUAUCGGUUGAGGACAGGCAGAGACAGCUGGAGACGUGCAAAGCACAGCUGUCGGAUAUUGAGAAGAGAUUGGUCAAGGUCAACAGUGAUUUUAAGUCUAUGAAUGAAAGGGUUAGUAGUGCUACGAAAAAACAGAAGGCUGAGUCUGCGGAGGUUGAGAAAUGGAAGAGCAAGGAGAAAGAGGUCCAGGAGAAAAUCGAGUCUGAUGCCAAGGAUCUUGAGAAACUCGCAAGUAAACAGAAUAUUCUUCAGCAGAAAAUCACCGAGUGCACGCAGAAGAUCACUGAACUUGGGGCUCUACCAUCACCUGAGGCGUAUGAAAAAUUUGGAAAUAUGUCCACCAAGCAGCUCUUCAAGGAGAUGGAGAAGGCUAAUAAUCAGUUGAAGAAGUACAGUCAUGUUAACAAGAAGGCGUUGGAUCAGUUUAUGUCAUUCAGCGAUCAGAAGGAGAAAUUGGUGAAGAGGAAGGAGGAGCUCGACAGAGGGGAUGAGAAGAUCAAGGAACUCAUGAACGUCUUGGAGAUGAGAAAGUGCGAGGCCAUUCAGUUCACCUUCAAACAAGUCAGCAAGUACUUCAGUGAAGUAUUUAAGAAACUCGUGCCAACAGGACAUGCACAGCUCGUUAUGAAAACAGCUGAUGGAGAAGAAGGGGAUGAUGAUACCUCCACUGCUGCUGAUUCUGAUAGAUUCAUUGGUGUUGGCAUCAGGGUAUCGUUCACUGGGCAAAAAGCUGAGAUGAGGGAGAUGAAUCAAUUAUCUGGUGGACAGAAGUCACUUGUUGCUCUUGCUUUGAUUUUUGCCAUUCAGAAAUGCGAUCCAGCGCCUUUUUAUCUGUUUGAUGAGAUCGAUCAGGCACUCGAUGCACAACACAGAAAAGCUGUUGCUGAUAUGAUCCAUGAGUUAAGCUCUGAUGCACAAUUCAUCACCACGACUUUCAGACCUGAGCUACUGCAGCAUGCCAAUAAAUUUUAUGGUGUUAAAUUCAGAAAUAAAGUCUCUCACGUCGAGUGUGUCACCAGGGAAGAAGCAGCUGAUUUCGUUGAGGAUGACACUACACACGGAUAAAAAACAUUAUUGCCCAUAUUUAUUUUUAUUAUGACGAAAAAUUGGUUAUCUAUUUCAGAUAGUUUUUUCUGUAUUGAAUUUGUAGAGAUUCUGUCAAUUCAUUUGCUCUCGUCUUUGUAAUUUUGAAGGAGGUGACAAUUUUGCAAGAAAUAAAAUUUUAAGA